AUGCGGGCGGUCGGCCGGCCGAUCCAGCCAACCAAUCAGAAGCCGCCCAGACGACUAAUUGUGUUGUCUGGAGAGAGUGUGCGCCGCCCGCGACAAACUCCGCGGACCCCGCGUCUCCGGAGCUGACCUCCGGCGCACGUCUACUGUUUCCUCAAGCGGCGGCUAGACACGCACACGACGGCUUUGUGCGAUCAGCAAGCAUCGCCUGCAGAAAUGGCGUCGAGUGAAUAUCGUUCGACGGCGUGUCGGACGGCGAUUGCGGGAAACGCCGCUUCCGCCGACGAGUAAUAGCAGACAGACGGAGCGAAGAAGACAUCCGCAGAUACUAAAUUUCUCUCGUCAACCCGCGCUCCCCGAAGAACUGCACGAGAGAGAAACAGAAGGGUUAUCCGCAGAAGGAGUGAGUGUGGAAAUUGCACAAUUGAUCGAGCGCCAAUUUUCCCGUCCAUCGCCCGGAUAAAGGUAUCUAAUGUCUGGAGGUGACAAUGCCCCGCCUCCUUCCACCCCCCCUCCCUCUUCCUCGUCCUCCCUCCCUCCCACACUCACUCCAUUCAUCUCCCCCUCGGGGGUGGGCGGAGUCAGGUUCCCUAUCUACGCCACCAUCCAGGGUGUCAACUCUCCACUUCUCUACUCCCCCACUCUCUUUGGACAGUCUGUGUUGCCAUGGAGACCACUGGUGACCACGCCCACCACCAGUGCUGCAGCAGCUGCAGGUAGUGGAGUGCAGACCGUGUCUCCAGCCUCCACCCCUCCCUCCUCCGCUUCCCCCUCGGUCGUCACGGGAUACGCGGCAGCCUCGUUUGCCCAGUUGCCGGGGGGACUGAUGUACCCUCUCUCCUCCCUCAACAUGCCUCUCCUCAUGCAGACAGACUCCACCCCCAAGAAAGGUGUAACUGGUGGUAAGAGAAGAGGCGACUCAUCCUCGGUGGCAGAUUCUGAUGACGCCAAACGAUCCCGGGUAUCCACGGCAACGGGGGGGCCCCAAUCGGCGGGGUCGUCAUCGUCCCCCUCGCCCCAACCUCCGUUACUCCGCCCCACUCCACAUCGCUCCCCUGUCAUCAAGUACAACCUGCUGCCUUACAACAUUGGUGGAGCCACAGUUGUCGCAGGAGCGGUGCCGGGGCAACAGGCCACACCCACCUCGUUAACCCAGACAGUUAUUCUCUCCAUUACUCCCAACACGACUGGUGCCGUAGGAACCGCCCGUCUCUCCCCUCACCCCACCCUCGUACAAGCCACGCCCCCUAGCUCCACCCCCUCGACUCCGCCCUCCUUCCCCACUGUCACACCCUCCCUCUCCUCCUCCUCCAUUCCUCCAAAUCUCCUCAUCACUAUACUGCGAUGUUUUGGGCCUCUUCAGGUCCCUUCCUCCAUACCAGUUAAUCAACUGGUGAUCUCUGACCUUCUGUCCGACCUCUACCGAUCCUCCUACCACACCACCUCUGAGAUCUCUGGGAACCUAUCUCCUGAGAGCUGUGCCCUCCUCACCAUCGCCUACCUCUCCUCCCUUCGCAGGGGAGAGAGGGUGUGUGUGGAGAGUCUCCAUACCAUGCUCAAGUACGCCAGAACGGGGGAAUCGGAAUGGCUCCAGUACUACAAGAGGCACAAGAAGAUGUCCGAAUCCACGUUUGUUCAGUCACAGUUGAUGCAUCUCUCCCGAAUAUCUGUCUACCCUGCACUCGGCCGCGUUCGCGUCAUGAUCUCCAACGAGCAUCUGGCACAGGGGAUCACCCUGACGAUUAAGAACCUCACCCAGCUGGUUGCCAUGACGACCGAGGCCCUCCCGGACUUUGUGGUAGUGUUGGCCGUCCGUGGCAACGUGGGGGUGGAGUUUUGUGUCCUCGUCCUCGAGCCCCUCCUCUCGCAGCUAUUGCUACGCCAACAGAAAAACAGAUGGCGUCGACUGGCACACGGAGUGUUGAAGAAGUCUGGGAGUGCAUCUGUUGGUGGUGCCAUGGAAACGACGGCAGGGGGAACCCCUCUCUUCAGCAGAGAUUGAAAUUGAGAAGAGACUGCUAGUUACACUGAGGAGACUCCAGAGAGGGCUGAAGGGAGAAGUCCACAUUCCGUUCCAGGAACCUGGGAAUGGGAACGGAACCAUAUCACCGUCGAGGGCGGAGGUAAUGACCCCUGUGACCCCUCACGUGAUCGAGCAUAAGCCCGGGGGUCCGUACGGCGAUCAGGUGAGCGUUGCCAUGCACCUCAUGCAGCGGAUCACAGCAGGGGGCGGAGUAAAACUUGAGAAUUUUAGAACCCUCGAUUUCUGCGUCCUCUGCCCCCCGGGGGUUAAUUUCGUGAGGGGGGUGGAGCGAGGAAUGGUG